AUGCCAGACUUUCUUAUCAAUCAAGAGCCGCCUACCCGUCUCGAGCGCUUCGUCCAGGACACUAUCGACUCAUCCAAAGGUUUCUUCGCCUAUCUCUUCCGUGGAAGCUGUCUAGAAUACUGGGUGUUUGACCCUAAUGGUCAGGCUUACACCCUCUUCGCGACGGCUCUGCUAGGCGCCUCGAUCUGGCUUCUCAUCCUGAACCAGAACUCGAAGACGACCGCAGCUUCACAGCUGGAUAAGCACCGGCCAGAGAGUGGAGUGGCGGAAGCAAUGGAUAUCGACGGCGAGGAAUACCUAGGCGAUGAAUAUCAACCAUCCACUCCGCGUCCCUCGUCUUAUCCCCGCGAAGAGACCCCCAUCAUGCGCAAGCUAGCGCCUCCCGGCCACCGUCCUGUCAACGCACACAUCGAAAGCUCACCCUUCCGAGUGAAGCAACCUCUCGGACCUCGCGUUAGCCAAUUCGUAUCGUCUGACCAUCCGGCUCCCUCUCCACUCAACCCAAGGGUCUCCAAGGCUUUCUCGACUAGGCCUCUACAGCGCAACAACUUCUCGGAUCUUGCUCGAGACGCUCCCAUGGCCAAACAGUCCCUUCACGACCUGAACAUGUUGAGCGUAGAUGAAACACGAAAGGAGUGGGAGACGGAGAAGCCUGUUGUUGCUCAUUGGUCAAAUGAGGGAAUGCAGCGUUAUGGUCGCGCGUCGUUGAGGCGCGAGCUGGACAACAAAUAUCUUUCGAACCUGGACUUCCUCCAUGGGAACAUCGACGUCAAUCCAGGCCAUCUCGGUCCUCUCGACAAAGAGACUGCGCCAAUAUUACGUGGGCUAAUCGAACUACAUGAAUACGGCAUUCUCACAUGCGGCUCUCAACCAUUCGAGAAGUCCAGCACGUUCCUUGUCGGGAAGGGCUGGUAUCAGAAGCGGCAACGCCCCUAUGUGCACUUUCUGCUACCGACAUUGCAUCGAGAUAUCUCCAUCGACUGUGUUGAUGCUUUCAUCGAGAGGCUCUUCGCUGACAACAGUAUUCUUGUGACGGUGCACUCAGAAUGCGAUGAGUACGGCGGACCAGGCGACUCGAUGCGGAGCAAAGUAGUCACCCCACAAACCUCUGGCCGUAGUCGCUCGACCUAUCAGUUUCGUACAAACGCCCACUGGAACAAAGAGGCCGUUACGAUAGACCGACUAGCGAAAACUUCAAGAGGGCUAUUGACGAAAGCCUGGGAAGAGUGCACCUUCUUCCCAGACACCUCGAUCGACUUCUUGAGCCCUUACACGAGUCUGUCCGGCAGCGCAAACGACAACCGGACUUUUGAGGCUACCAUAGUCAUGAAGCCAUUGGCGAUCGGGGUGAUGGCGCGGAAGUGGGGUGCGAAGCUCGACUUGCAAGACAUCCUGCAGCAGCAUUGUGAAGAAGCGGGCAUACAGCGCGUCUUCCCAUGGAGGGCCAUAGAUGCUGCGGAUGCUCUGAAUGGUGGAAACCGAUGGUCUCACACGUUUUGUGACGAUCAAGACGCGUGA